GCCAGCUGAGUGGGCCAAGUACUUCUGAUGACAUUCGCUGCUGUAUCAGCUCAGUCCGAGUCCGACAGAGCUGAGCAUCUGUCACUCACACCGGGGUGUGCUCUAGAUCCUCUGUCUUCCCGUGUUUCUGUAAAAGCUUCCAUGCAGAGAAAGGUGUUACACAUCUGGAUCACCAUACUACCCAUCGGCUCAUUCCACUCGGGUCCACAGCAGGCAUGAGGAUUUGUCAGCUGCGCGUAAAUGAUGAACACACAACGGAACCUUUGAUCUUUGCAUAACCCCAGAUGCCUCCCCUCCCUCUUGACGAGCGCAUAGUGGUCAUUCAGCGCCCCAAAAACGUGUGUGAGGCUUCCCCACAAACCAUCCCACAGCAUUCCUCUCAAAUAACGGCCUCUACCAAUGGACGAGUGUCCCAGCCUUCGCAUCUCCAUGCCUCUCAUUCCCAUUUUUAUUCACCCGCAUGUAAACCUCUAAAUGUGGAAUGCAAGCGCAGGUCGUCCCGUGUGCCGAGAUUCAAGGUUGACCAGCCUGUCAUCCCAGCAGGUGUCCGCCACAUCCCCAGCCACUGUCAUAGCAAUGGCACAGUAACACUUGGCCCACGCCUUCCCUCUCACACACAUACUAUUGAUAUCAAGGUAUCAGUGGACAAAAGGGGACGGGGAGGAUUAAGCAACUCAUUAGGGCGCACUGGAAGUUCAAAGGGUGGCAGAGGGAAAUGUGCAUCUUCCCAGCUUGAUCAAGAACAAUGUGAGAGAAAACCUGGAAGCUUUGGCAGACCUUGUGGAGUGGAGCACAAGCCACAGCGAGUUCGUCAGCUGUCUUCUUCCCCUGGAGGGAUCCUUCAGUUUGUCCCUGCUCAGGCACAACAGCAUACAUUCAAGAGAGAAAAGGAGAAAGAAAAUUCAAUUUUUCUUAACAGACGUGACCAGGAAUUUCCCUCUUUGGGUCACAGGAACGAUUCCAAGCUGGGAACUGUCCAUCAAAGCCAUAAAAGCCACAGUCUGCCCUACCACCACCACUCUGUUCCUGUGCCCCAUGCUGCCAUCCUAAACUCCACCUAUCCUUCAUCCCUUCCAUCCCAACCCACUCAUGCCCCAGUCUCUUUUCAGCAGCUUAAUCAACCUCACCCACCUCGCAUGAGGGAUCACCGCCCUCACAUUCAUCAUGGUCUUCCACUGUCCCCUUGCUCCUCCCGUGUCGGAGGGUUCCCUAGCCCGGACCAUACUUGCACCAUUGACUGUGCGCACCCAUUCAACUGUGGCUACUGGAGGUUGGUAAGAUGCACGGGGUGUAAAGGAGACUCUUCCAGUUACCAAGGAGGUGGAGGAAGCACUUCUACCUCAUUUUCCUGUGGUCACAAUGUUGGCGCAGUGAAGAGAGAAAGUAAAAACAUGGGGCUAAAGAUUCUGGGUGGCUGUCUCUCCACCGCCUCCACAUCAAACAUUUCCUCAUCUAACAGCACUGCUUCUGACUGUCGAGCAGCUCUAUUCAAACCUCUACCUUGUGCCUCCUGCGGUGGAGAAGCUGGAAACUUUGAGAGUCCUGCUAUCCUUCGGAAAAAGCUAGUCGGAGGAUGCCUUCCCUGUACUUCUCUGUCCUCUUCAACCCCUUUGCGGGCAAUUCAAAGCUGUGUAUCUGGUUGCAACAACAAAGCAUCUCAGACUGGCAGUUCUUCCUGCAGCUAUUGCAGCAGCGACCCAAUAGUGGUGACGUUCAACCCUCGCAGAGGAAAACCCCCUGGUAGAGGCUUAGGACCGACUCACCCAAUGGCUAUGCUACAAACAGAUGAUGAUGACUACAGCGUGCGCACCAUCUGGCCUGAAGAACUGGCUAAGAAAAUAACCCAUUCUAAAGCUCAAAAGAACAACUGUGCUGGGAUGGGUGCUGGGAAAACUUGUUCUAACCAGGCCCAGAAUGGCAGUAACGGAGCCGGCCUUGCCCUCUUGGACUGUCAAGGCCUUCAGGAAUACGCACAGACUCAUCUCAUAGACAAUGCUGGCCGACGACAACUUCAGCAGGGCAAAAUGGCUGCACUCGGUUUUGUAGGCAGCAGGCUGGGUUCCGGCUAUGACGAUGGACGCAACUCACUAAAGAGACUCUUAAAUAAAACUGAAGAUGUUGGAAUGUGCAACAGUCCUGAGCAUGACCAAGUGUAUCCACGAUCCCCUUCUCCCCGCUCCAUAUCUCCCCCAUCACCUGUGUCUUUUUCCCCUCCACCCUCGGCCCCCAGCACACUCAUCAAACCCAAACCCUGGCAGAGAGACAGGGAGGGAGGACACUCUCUGCCAUCGGCUCAGUCCCUUUACCUGGCCCUAAACUCCCUUAACAGAGAGCAAGAUGAGGAGAACAACCGAAUGAGGCUCUCUCUGCCGCUGUCCUCGUCAUUACCAGCUUCCCUGUCCGAUGAGACUGUGAUGACUCCCGAUGCGGAGAACGCCGUCAUUAGCCCGAUCCUGCCCUUCCUGUUCCUGGGGAACGAGAGAGAUGCCCAGGACCUGGAUCUGCUGCUGCGCCUCAACAUUGGCUAUGUGGUGAACGUGACCACACACCUGCCCCUCUACCACACCAACUCGGGGCUGCGCUACAAAAGGCUCCCAGCCACUGACAACAGCAAGCAAAACCUCCGACAGUACUUCGAGGAGGUUUUUGAAUUCAUUGAGGAGGCAUAUCAGAGUGGACAGGGUGUGUUGGUUCACUGCCAGGCAGGGGUGUCCCGUUCUGCAACCGUCGUCAUCGCCUACCUUAUGAAGCACACCCUCAUGACAAUGACAGAUGCCUACAAAUACGUGCGGAGCCGUCGCCCUGUGGUGUCGCCCAACCUGAACUUCAUGGGUCAGCUCUUGGAGUUCGAGAGGGACCUUAACUCCGGCGUGACUCCUCGGAUCUUGAUGCCUAAACUAAAUGGUGUGGAGACGCAGGUGUGAAGGAGGUCAAGGAUCAGGAGUGUGUAGCAUUAAAUGGGCAUUAAAAAGAAAGUGCUACACGUUUUAGAACGACAGCUACAGGAUACUGGAGAAUCUAGGUGGGUUUGGUAAAUAGUGCACUUUUAAUACUGUGAAACAUGAGACAGAGGACUGGAUGGUUCAUUUGUUUAAUUGUUGGACAAUUUGAUCACCAUCCAGUAUGGUGUUUCUAAGAUAAUGUGCCAAUAUUUUGUACAGCUCCAACAUAAUUCAGAUAUCUUUUUUUAAUUCUGAUAUGCCUCCUUUUUGUUCCUGUUUACGUCAUGUUCACACAGAAAUAGCAGCUUUAUUGCCCUACAUCAUAAAUGCAUGCAAAAAGUGAAUGCAAAAUGGGAAGGGUUCAUUGUUAAUCAUUCAUCUACAACAGCUCUUUGAUGUUUGCGCCACACGUAGCAGCGCAAUGCACUUUACUUCCCAUGCAUUGGUAAGUUAACACCCACUGAAUUAUCAGAAAGAUGAGGUAAGGCCUCGGUUACUCUUCUUUGAUCAUUCUUUUUGCUUUCAUUUGAUCCGUUUAUUUUUUUUUUUUUAUUGUGAACUGUGGAACAGUUUGUCAUGGACCUAGCAACGUUAUCAUAAGGAAGCACUUUUUUUUGCAGUAUUUAAGGUAAAGUCCUGCAGCAUUGUCCAGACUAGGGUUUAAAGGUACAUUAACAUGCAAUGUUAACAAUGUACACUUAAAAAUGCAGGUUAUACAAUGAAAAAAGGCCACUAUAAAUGCAUUUAUAACAAUACAGGAGCAUUUUAUAUAGUACAUCUGAGCAUUGGCGUGGGUUAGCAGGAUGUUUCCUGCUGUUACAAUGUGCUUUAAAACUUCUCCAAGUGUGCAAACUGUCUUUUUUUAUGUGAAGUUAUAUUUCUUUGUUUCCUACUUAAAAGAUGUAGGUUAAUAUGUAGCAUGAAAUAGACCCACAGAGGUUUCUCUGAAAUUCAAAAGUAGCACUUGGGUGCCAUUAAUCUCCUGCAAAGCUUUUUAGACCAGACAUAACUUUUUGUUUCAGAAAACGUCUACCCACUCCAGUUUGGAGAAGUGUCUCUUGUAAUAGGAAAUUAUAAUCACCUAACAGAGCUCAUUUCAAACAAUACAGUGCCGGAUACAUGUAUUGACACCACUGGUAAAGUUGUGUAAAAAGCCUUAAAAUACAUUUGUUUUUAUUGCAGUAGCAUAAUCUCAUACUGAAACAUUUGGAAAGGUCUUGCAACAUUUAUUUAAAUGGGGAAACAUGUUAAGGAGGUGUUCACUUAAGCAUUGGUGGCACAGUUAAUGGUACCAUUGCUGUUGACCGCCUUUGGUCAAAGAAGAGGAGGCCUUCACUCUUCUCUAAUCUCUAUUUAAUUUAGAACAUUCAUCCAUGCAGUGUUUGAAAGCACAUUUUAACAGUUUUAGUUGUCUUUUGACUAACUAUUUUUAGGGAUUUUAGUUUUAGUUGACUAAAUUGUGCUUCUUUUAAUAAACUCAGCUUACUUUGUUUAGUAUUUCCAACAACAUUCUUGUCAUUCUUAAUGAGUUUUUUAGUUUUUGACAAAUUUUUAUAUAUAAAAAUACAUUGACAAAUUAAUUUACUUAUAGUUUUAGUCAAUAAAUUACAGUGCCUUGCGAAAGUGCUCGGCCCCCUUGAACUGGUCAACCUCUUGCCACAUUU